AUGCCAAUCUAUCUUAGCAUGCAGCGAGUACGCUUCUCCAGUCCGGAUGCGUACGAGAAAUUCAAAGUACUCUUCGCCGAUACGCGUCGACAUCUAAUGAAACUGCCAGGGUUUCUACACCUCACAUGGUGGGAGCACCCGGAUGAUCGCAGUUGGUACAACGAGUGUAGCUUCUGGACGAGCCGGGGCGCGCUAUACGACUGGCAUAAAGACACGUACCAUAAGUUCUGCAAGACGUGGGCGUCUAAUGGCGCCAUUAUGGAAGACAUUAUCACCAACUUCGAGCUCGUCGGUACCCGGCUACUACGUAUAUGCCCGGUAUGUAACGAGACGCAGGAUAAGAAGUACGACCUUGCGCAGGAGCAGGCCGUGUUGCACGAGCAGUGUCCUAAGUGCGGGUUUCACUUUCCCGUGUUAGAGGAGACGCCGUCGAGCUUUGCGGUGUUUAAGGACGCAGUGCCAUCAGAGACGACAGAGAAAAAGGAGCAGAAUGGUGAAGCUGCGACUGGAUAA